AUGGCGGCCAAAGGACUGUUUCUUGCUGCUGUGGUUGCUACCGCCCUGGCUCAAGCACCCGCAGACCUUGCCACGGUGCUGAACUCCACCGAUGGAACCUCCACUAUCAGUGAGGUCGUGUCUGAGGUGCCAGGCUUUCUUGAAGCCAUCUCGGGAAAGACUAACAUCACCUUCCUCGCUCCUAACGACACGGCCAUAGCGCUACUGUUGAAUUCGUCCCGUGGAGACGCUCUUGAGGCUGGCGGCGAGAACUACCUGUUGAACCUGCUCCUGUACCACGUCCUCGACGGUGGAUACGACAACAUCACAGACUACCUCGUUGUUCCAACCCUCUUGACCUCGAGCAAUUACACCAACGUGACGGGCGGACAGAAUGUCGCUUUCUACUACGAUGACGAUGAGAACGUGGUGGGCUUCUACGGUGGCCUGGACUACAGCCCUGAAGGGCCAGCAACGCCGAUUCCCUUCUCACAGGGAUGGAUCUAUCCCAUCAACGGUGUUCUGCAAAUCCCACCCAGCGUUUCGGAAACAGUGAUCUCCGGAGACUUCAACGGUAGCUCCUUCGUGGCCGCGCUCAACGAGACCGGCCUGACCGAGCAGAUCGACCUUCUCCACGACGCAACGUAUUUCAUCCCCAUCAAUGACGGUUUCGCCGCCGUCGAGGACGCCCUCUCGGCCUUAAGCACCGACGAGCUAGCUGACCUGCUCAAAUACCACGUCGUGGCCAGCCAGGGUCGUGUCUGGCACUUCGACGACCUGCAGAACGGGACGCAAUUGACGACACUGCAAGGCCAGAACAUUACCGUCUCCAUCACCCCUGCUGGAGACUACUUCAUCAACAACGCGGGAGUCAACUACGUCGACCUGGCGGUCUCAGAGGGCGCUGUCAUAUUCAUAGACAACGUGUUGAACCCCAAUGCGUCGUGGAGUCCACCUGUGAAUGGCACUGAAGACGGUGUGCCCGCGUGGCCGACCUCGACUGUCUCCAACACUACCCAGGAUGGAAGCGGUUCGAGUACAGCAUCGGCGACAGGCACUGCAGCUAGUGCGACCUUCACUGGCAUGGCCGCUGCACCUUUGCGGUCUGGGGCGGCUGGUGCAGCCGCACUGUUCGGUGGCCUUGCGCUUGCCCUCAUUCUCUAA